AUGCCUGUGAGGAUCAAUUGGGGUCAGGCCGAGGAGAUCACUCUCCUACAACGAGCCAUCGCUUGUGAUCGAAACUUCAAAUUCAAUGUUCAGGAGAUCGUCCGAACCUGGCCAGUUGCCAACCCCAACGAGAAGCCCACAGAGAGAGCCAUUCAGGACAAAGUCAGAGCUAUCAAAGCACGUACUCAAGAUAUCGAGAAGAUGAGACAACUCCACGAGAAGAAGUUCAAGCUGAAGGCUGAGAACGACAACAAGUUCAAGCAAGAGAUGGUCAGUGAAGGAGAAGGAAGUGUUCAUGUCAAAGAUGAGGAUGAUGAUUCUAUCGACACCCAACCACCUGUUGCAAACAAACGAACUAACAAAUCCAUUCGAACCUCUCUCAUUAGCCGAAUCAAAGUUAGCAAAGACACUCCAGGCACCACGGCACGUAUGGGAAUCAAAAGAAAGCGUGGCAAACGAGCUGAUCCUGCGAGCGAGAUGUCAUCUGCGUCUGCCGCAUCUGACUAUGACUCUGACUCAACUAUGGACUCUCCUACACCACUUCCACGAAAGGAUCUACCAAAACGCGAGACUCGCGUCUCUUCAGCUCUCAAGUCAGCUCGGACUCCAAGGUUGAGUGACAUCGACGAUGCAGAUGCAGACGCUCGCGACAUAAGCGACGAUGACUCGGAUGAAGACUAUGACUACGAACAAGAGAAGCGUGAUCGAAAGGGGAAGGAGGCUAAGCGAGCACGAAAGGCCUGA